GCAGGAGUGCCUUCCGGUUCUGACGUCACUAAUAUUGGAGCGGAAAAUUGAAGUGUUUCUUCGGGGAGGGAGAAGGCCGUGAGUGCGAACCGGGCUUGAAGAAGCGGCGGGCGCUUCGUUGGAUUCCGGGCGGAGAAAAGUAUUAGGCUGAAGAGGAAGAGAUUUCCCUCUCCCGUCCAAGAAAUGGGGAGACAUCAUUUUUUGGAACUUGCAGCACAGCAACUGGCCCAGACCUGCCCAGGCCAAGCACGCUUUUUGCGAUGGACACUGAGCAACAUAGAAGGCAAGAAACAGGAGAAUGCUGGCCGGGUCUGCGUGUUCUGUUACCAGUUGCUUCUUCCUGGUAAUUACAGGGUCCGUCUAAUGCCCAAAAUAAAAAUAACUCCCCGGAUAGAGAAAUUACUUUACCGGGAAAGGAAGAACUACAGACUCAAUUUAAAACAAACAAAGAUUUUGAAGAAGUACAAAGAAUCAACAAAUGUUCUGUUAAUAACCUGCAAUGUGUGUGGAAAAACAGCAAGACAUAAAGGAAGCAGUAGGAGGACGUCAUGGAACAAAACUACCCCUGCCAGCCGCAGUCAGCCUGGAUCGAAAAGAGAGACUCCAUUCUCAAGUCCUAGAAUUUCUACAUCUGGACAAUCAACUCCUGGCUCCUCCUCCAGAACGCCCAAAAAUGCCAAAGCCCACUUCACACAAUUGAAAAGACUGCUUUGCCUUGAAGAAGAGAAACAAACUAAUAAGAAGGGCCUGAAAAGCUUCUUGUUGUCACUUUAGAAUUUUAACAUUAUUAUGUUAUAUUUGUAGCUGAUUAAAGGAGUCUAUCAUUAGUCUGUUAAUAAAAAUAUCUUCUUAGGAAGAGAACACCAGUGGGUAAAUACACAUAAUGUGCCUCUCUAAAGGAGCAGUUGUUGACGUUUUCUAUUCCUUCCCAAGCAUUGCUAAAUGUAUGCAGCAGCACUGCUUGUUGUAUAUUGUCUGUACAAGUGCUCAUAUAUUCUAUUUAAUUUUUUUUAAAUAAGAAUUUUCAACACUGCA